AGCAGCUAUUCCAACUGUGUGCUCAAGAGGGCGCCGUUGUCCAUAGAAUUGUACCGUAGUUCUUUGAUAAGGGACUGAAUUAAUACAGUAUAAAGGAUGAAUAGAAACAGCGGAGUCGCUUAUAAAAUUGUUACUGUUACCCGUACUUUGUUUUACCGAGCUAACUUUAGAUACUAACAGGUUAGCAGGCUAAGAGCGGUCAAAUAUGCACCAGAAUACAUUUACUGUGACAUGUGGUGAUGAUAAUACACAUUUAGUCACGAUUGCUAUUAAGUGAAAUCUGAAGAAAGAGUUUCCACACAUGAGUUUUAUUUGUGUUGUGGAGUCAUGGAGACGUUGUUGGUGGCUACAAGCAACAGCUGACAGUGGAGGGGAAGAAAAGAUGGACGCCCAGGACCAAACUUCAAAUCAGCUUCAGGAACGAGUUCAAGCUCUGACAGGAGAAAAUCUGCAGUGGCGUGGCAAAUACGAGCGUGUCCUCACCAAAGUGGGCUACCUGGAGACCAGACUGAGCCAUCUGGCCAGCUCCAACACAGACCUGUCCUGCAGGCUGGUCCAGAGUGAAGAGGAAAGACUGAAGAUCUAUAAGGAGCUUGUAGAGGAGAAAAUUAAGGCUAAUAAGAUAAGAGAACAGUAUGAAGAAGAGACAUUUGAGCUGAAAACCAAGGUACUUAACCAAGAAGGUGUGAUAACAGAGCUGGAAAUAGAGCGAGACAGGUUGCACAGGGAACUGCAGUCCACUGAGACAUGCCUGAAAGGGAAAGAGACUAGUGGCCAGGACUUGACUGAGGAAUAUGCCACGCUAAAGAAGAACUACCAGAUUCUGGCUGAGGUCCACGAUAAAGAACUAGCCAAGAGUGGAGCGCUCACAGCAGAGCUGCUGGCGCUGGCCCAGGCCCAGGACGCCCUCCGCAGGCAGCUGGAGGAGCAGCAUCAAUGUGUGAAGACCAGCACCGAAGGUCUUCAUGGGGAGCUAGACAGGGUGCGGGCUUUGAUCACCCGCAUGUCACAUGACACAGUCAAGCCUGAGGAACAAGCAGAGAUGGACAAGGAGCAAAAAAGCAUGCAGAAAACUCUGCUUGAAAACCAAGAUGAGAUCAAAGAUAAGCUGGAGGAAAUGAAGAGCAGCUACACGGAGCAGCAGAAGAAACUGGAGGAGAAAGUGGUGGCGAUGGGUAAAGAGCACCAGCAGAUCCACAGAGCGAUGCACGUUAGCCAGAAGAAACUCUCUGAGCAGAGUGCGGCCCUGAUGUGCUCUCAGAGACAAUUAAAGGAGGCAGAGGAGGAGAACUCCAAGCUGCAGCUGCAGGUGAAAGAGCUGAUUGAGGAAUAUCGCACAAGGCUCGUGUGCUAUUUACAGGACAUAGCUGACUACAUCGAUGGGCUUGAAGAAAGUAAAAGGCCGUCAGAGCCGAGUAAGAUGAGAGGAUUCAUCGACAGCAUGCUGCAGGAUGUUCGUUUAUCCUACAGGGCGAGGGAGGAGCAGCUCGCCACCGCUGCUCGCUCAUAUAAGAAGAGACUACAGAGGAUCACCCAAACUCAUCAUGCACUCCUGAUUGCAUACAGGCUUCAGAGGGAGCAGAUCUUGGCCAAACCAGAGAAUGGUCUUGAUCCCGGACCUCCAGAAGCCCACUUCAACUUGGAGCCAACUGAACUGAAAGAUGCAAUCGAGAAGGAGCUCCAACAACUGCACCAGGACAAAGCAAGGCUGGAAGGUCAGCUGCAGGCGGCCUGGGAGCAGGUGGCUGCGUUCAAAAUACCCAUGCAAAAUGUAAACUGUCAGCAGCUGGACAAACCGGAGCAGCGAUUCGAGGAAUCCUGUGGUGACAUAAGAAAACAGCUGAAAGAGCUCACUGACUCCACGCCGGUGUCCUUUGAGAAGGAGCAUGCCCUUCUCAUGACCAGAGCAGCAGUUGCAGAGGCACAGGUGCUGGAGUUGCAAGACUAUAUUGAAAAGCACCUGAGCAGGACCCUGAUCCAGACACAGGAUCCAUCUUUUUAGGAGGCUUUUUGGCGCUAAAUAGUGGAGACCGCUGCCAAAUGGGAAAACGACUACACACAGAGAAAGAAAGACCAGACUCAAUCAGGAAGUGGCAGCUUUUCAGCUGUGCCAGAGGAGCCGGGCAACUUCCUGGUCUCGUUGCCAAGGUGACUGGAAGCGCGGCCAGCUGGUGCAGUGGGCAGCCGUUGGGUUUGAUGGGGGGGUUGACGACGGUUGGUAUAUUGGACGGGAGGAGUCGGUGAAAAGCUGUGAUGGAGGGAGUUUAAAUGUAAGCAAUGAAUGCUUUAACACAGUGGACCAUUUUAAUUGAUUAUAAUGUGCAGUGUUUCAGUGUUAUUUGCUUUCUGAUAAGCACCAAAUCUGUUCACUUUCUCCCGCCUUUUUAGCAUGCAGCUUUGUUUACAUAGAUUUUUACACCUGGGAAAUGCACAGAAAACUUUUUGCUUAAUAAAACUGGCUGA